AUGAGACUACUGAGCAAAAAAUUCCCCGUCUCUUCUAACAUCAUGUACUCUGCAUCGGCCAUUUCGGUUCCAACGUCUUGUUGUUAUCUUCGUCUCCAUUGUAGUAUUUCGACAGAGCCAUCACACCGUCCCAAAUUGAGCCGAAUUCGGACAAACCCAUCUCUAAAUUACCCCGGAAAGUUCAUCGAAGCUCCUUCUUCGAGGAUUACUUGUUCCGAUGGAGGCCUUAACGAAGCUUUUCAACGGCUGGACGGGUUAGUCCAUAUCGACGAUUAUUCUCCAAUGGAAGCGUAUGCCUACGUUCUUGAGCUUUGUGGAAAAAGGAGAGAUAUCUCCAAAGGUCGGCAGCUUCAUUCACGCAUCUUCAAGGCUUUCCCUGCAAGUGAAUUAGAUCUUUUGGCCGGUAAGCUUGUGUUUAUGUACGGUAAGUGUGGGUAUUUGGAUGAUGCAGAGAAGCUGUUUGACGAAAUGCGUGAGAGAACGGCCUUUGCAUGGAAUGCCAUGAUAGGAGCCUAUGUUUCGAAUGGUGAACCUGCUACAGCUCUUGCUAUAUACCGCAAUAUGCGGGUUGAGGGCGUCCCUGUCGAUCUUUAUUCUUUUCCUGUUUUGCUUAAAGCCUGCGGCAAACUUGGAGAUAUCCAGAGUGGGGCUGAGCUUCAUUGUCUCGUCGUUAAACUUGGCUACAGUUCAACAGAUUUUAUUGUCAAUGCGUUGAUUUCUAUGUAUGCUAAGAAUGAUGACCUAAGCGCAGCAAGGCGUCUGUUUGACGGAGCAGAAGAGAAAGGAGAUGUUGUUCUGUGGAAUUCUAUUAUGUCUUCAUAUUCCACGUCUGGGAAAUCUUUGGAGACCUUAGAAUUAGUCAGAGAAAUGCAGAUUAAUGGUCCUGUCUCCAACAGCUACACUUUUGUUUCUGCUCUCACAGCCUGUGAAGGCUUGUCGCUUGCAAAGUUAGGGAAAGAGAUCCACGCUGCUAUUCUGAAAUCAAGUCAUUGUUUUGAGGUAUAUGUGUGCAACGCCUUGAUUGCAAUGUAUGCAAGGUGUGGUAAAAUGUUUGAGGCAGGAAGGAUCCUUCGUCAGAUGGAUAACGACGAUGUUGUGUCAUGGAAUUCCCUGAUUAAGGGAUAUGUACAGAAUUUCAUGUGCAAGGAGGCCUUAGAACUCUUUCGUGAUAUGAUUGCUGCUGGCCACAAACCCGACGAGGUUUCAGUGACCAGCGUCAUUGCAGCGUCAGGAAGAUUAAGCAAUCCGUUGGUAGGUAUGGAAUUGCAUGCUUAUGUGAUUAAACAUGGCUGGGAUUCUAAUCUGCAGGUUGGGAACACGUUGAUAGAUAUGUAUUCAAAGUGCAACCUCACAGGUUAUAUGGGCCGUGCGUUUCUUAUGAUGCGUGAAAAAGAUAUUAUUUCAUGGACUACAGUCAUUGCUGGUUAUGCUCAGAAUGAUUGUCAUGUAGAGGCCUUAGAACUCUUCAGAGGUGUUGCUAAGAAAAGGAUGGAGAUUGAUGAAAUGAUGCUUGGAAGCAUCCUUCGAACUUGUAGUGUGCUAAAACCUAUGCUUAUUGUCAAAGAAAUUCAUUGUCACAUCUUGAGGAAAGGUUUACUUGAUACUGUGAUACAGAAUGAGUUGGUAGAUGUCUAUGGAAAAUGCAUGAACAUGGGCUAUGCUACUCGAAUAUUUGAAUCAAUUAAAGGUAAAGAUGUUGUCUCUUGGACAAGCAUGAUCUCGUCUAGUGCUCAUAAUAGUAACGAAAAUGAGGCUGUUGAACUCUUUCGACGCAUGGUUGAAGCUGGUUUGGCGGCUGAUUCCAUAGCAUUGUUAAGUAUACUGUCAGCUGCAGCAAGUUUAUCCACCCUCAAGAAAGGGAGAGAAGUUCAUGGCUACUUAUUCCGGAAGGGUUUUCCCCUAGAGGGGUCAAUUGCUGUUGCAGUUGUUGACAUGUAUGCCUGCUGUGGAGAUUUACAGAGCGCAAAGGCUGUAUUUGAUCGGAUAGAAAGGAAAGGUUUACUGCAAUACACAAGUAUGAUCAAUGCAUAUGGAAUGCACGGCUGUGGAAAAGCAUCUGUUGAGUUGUUCAAUAAAAUGAGGCAUGAAAACGUCUCGCCUGAUCACAUUUCAUUUCUGGCACUUCUUUAUGCUUGCAGCCACGCAGGUCUCCUUGACGAGGGUAGAAGGUUUCUCAAUAUCAUGGAACAUGAAUAUAAAUUGGAACCAUGGCCUGAACAUUAUGUGUGUUUGGUUGAUAUGCUUGGUCGUGCAAAUUGUGUGUUGGAAGCCUUUGAUUUCGUUAAAAUGAUGAAGACAAAACCAACCACGGAAGUGUGGUGUGCACUCCUUGCGGCAUGCCGAUCUCACUCAGAGAAAGAAAUUGGAGAGAUAGCAGCUCAGAGACUCCUUGAGCUAGAACCUAAGAAUCCAGGAAAUCUUGUGCUUGUAUCUAAUGUCUUUGCUGAACAAGGCAGAUGGAAGGAUGUUGAAAACGUGAGGGCCAAAAUGAAAACAAGCGGAUUGAAGAAACACCCUGGAUGUAGUUGGAUUGAGAUUGACGGCAAGGUUCAUAGAUUUACAGCAAGGGAUAAGUCUCAUCCAGAAACUAAAGAGAUAUAUAAGAAAUUGUUCGAGGUUACUAGGAAGUUGGAGAGGGAAACUGGUUAUCUAGCUGACACAAAAUUCGUUCUGCAUAAUGUAGAGGAAGAGGAGAAGGUUCAAAUGCUGCAUGGACACAGUGAGAGGCUAGCAAUUGCUUAUGGUCUGCUCAGAACACCUGACAGGGCCUGUCUCCGGAUCACAAAAAAUCUACGUGUCUGUAGCGAUUGCCAUACAUUUUGUAAGCUGGUCUCUAAGGUAUUCAGCCGAGACAUUGUGAUGAGGGAUGCAAAUAGAUUUCAUCAUUUUGAAAGUGGACUGUGUUCUUGCGGGAAUUCUUGGUGA